AUGUUAAAUACUGCAGAACAGUUGACCCCACUGUCCAUCAUCCUUCGAGACAGAACACAACCAAACCUUGGAGAACUAACUGAAAUUUCUUGGUACCCGUAUGCACACUGGGACAUCUAUAUAGGGAAAGCCUAUGUGGUCCAUAUGACUCCACCGAGUGAAGUGGCAGGAAGUGGCGUCAACAGCUUCACUGUCCUCGGUGACACAGCCAUAGUGACGAAGGAGCUGCUGUCCGUGGUGGCUGGAGGAGAUGCAUACCGGGUCAAUAAGAAGAAUGAUGAGGAGUAUGACCCACUGCCGCCCCCCAACAUUGUCCAGCAGGCAGAGCAAAUGGUCGGGAAGGUAGUCUCCUAUUCCGUGACCAGCAACAACUGUGGGCACUUUGUGAACGCGCUGCGCUACAGAGUUUCCCGCAGUGACCAGGUGUGUCCUCAGCCUGUGUCCCCUUCUCACAGCUGA